AUGUUCGUGGAAGUUUUGGGCAGACAAACCACCGACGAUCUUUUCAAAGAAAUUGUGAACAUUGACGCAUACGAUAAAUACGGAAACACGGCCUUGCUCCGCGCCGCGACUGCUGGGCAUCUUGACGUCGCUCGGCUUCUGGUCGCUCGAGGCGCCGACAUCGCCUGGGCCAACAACCGGGGCGAGACGGCCCUGCACAAAGCUGCGCGGGCAAAUCACCUUGAACUCUUCAAUUUUCUGGAAGAAGUCGGCUCAGACAUAUACGCCGAGGAUAAUUCAGGCUUAACACCCGCACAUUCAUUUUCUACCCAAGAU